CGCUCCGCACCGAUAAUGUCGGCCGCACCCGCGAUGGGCGCGCACGUAUCAUCGCUCGCGAGGACCACCUCGAACACGCGCCGCGUCGCCGGCGUCGCCGCCGCGGGCGGCGCGUUCCUCGUGAACAAACUCCGCGGCGUCUCGUCGAAGCGCGCGUCCGCGUCCGCGCCGCGCUCGCGCCGAUCCCGCCGCGCGCUCGCGCUGACGACCGCGUCGUCCACGGUCGUCGUCGGCGACAUCGGCGGCACGAACGCGCGCCUGCAGGUCUGGAACAUCGUGGACGGCGCGCAGACGCUGAAGUACGAGAACAUCUACGGCACGAAAGGCCACGAGACGUUCGAGUCCGUCAUCUCCGACCUCUACAGAGACGCGGGCGUGGAUCCCUCGGACGUCCACUCCGCGUGCUUCGCCGUCGCCGGCCCCGUCGCGAACGACGCGUGCGCCAUGACGAACGUCUCGUGGGUCAUCGACGGCGCGAAGCUCGAGAAGGAGUUUAAGAUCGACUCCGUGAAGGUAAUCAACGACUUCGCCGCGGUCGGGUACGGCGUGUUGGACCUGAAGCCGGAGGAGAUGGUGACGUUGAACCCCGGGUCCCCGGACGCGAGAGGGCCCAUCGCGGUGCUCGGUCCCGGCACCGGGCUGGGCGAGGCGAUGCUCUUCUGGAACGACGAAGCGGAGGAGCACGACGUCAUCCCGAGCGAGGGGUCGCACGCGGACUUCGCGCCCAGGGGGGAGACGCAGUCCGCGCUGCUGGCGUACUGCGAGAGGACGUUGGGGGAGUGCGAGAUCGAGCAGGUGUGCUGCGGGAGCGGCAUCGUGCGCAUCUACGACUUUCUUCGCGAGCGCCGAGGCGCGGCGGAUAAGCCGGAGUUGGACCCCGCGGGGGUGACGGACGCCGCGCUGGACGGGUCGUGUCCGCUGUGCGUGGAGGCGGUGGACAUCUUCCUCGCGAUUCUCGGCGCGGAGGCGGGGAACCUCGCGCUGAAGUGCCUCGCGAGCGGCGGGGUGUACGUCGCCGGAGGGAUCCCGCCGCGGCUCAUGAAGCUCAUCGGCGACGGCGGGACGCUGCUCGACGCGUACGUUCGGAAGUCGUGCCGGUACACGAACGUCCGGAGUGGGUUUCCGCUGCACAUCAUCCUGAACGAUAAGAUUGGGCUCGCGGGGGCGAAGGUGUUCGCGCUGAGACAGCUGUGACGAGCGCGAGUAGCGCGCCGCAGGGUGUAUUACAGUAUGUGGAGUC